AUGACAGACGGUGCAAGCGGAACCGGGAGUGUUGGCAAGACUUCCUCGACGGACGAUGCUGGACCCAAGAAAGCGAUCGACCCGCGAAGAGUGCUAGCCUGCGGUACCUGUAGGAAGCGGAAGCUCAAGUGCGACAGCAAGAGACCGAAAUGCUCGACAUGUGCCCGACUAGGCCAUCCUUGCGAGUACGAUGAAAUACGGAAGAAGAGUGGGCCCAAAAGAGGCUACGUGAAAGAGUUGGAAGCUCGACUGAAGCAGGUAGAGAACCUUCUGACCACACAUCAAAGCGAUACACAGCAAGACACAGCUCCGCAGCAGCAACAACAACCACUUCAACCGCAACGUUCCUUCCAGGCGCAUAGCGCUGGAUUGGACAUGUUCAGCACUCCUAGCAUGUCCACGAAUGAUACAGGAGUGGGAGGUCAUGACAACAGUACCAACAUGCUCGAUCCUAAUCUCGAUAUGAGCGACGCCUAUGGUAUGGGCGGAAUUGAGGACUUCAAUUGGGAUAUGAUAUCUUUAGGAUUGGAAGAGCCUUUGCCAGAUCAGGAUGUCAUGGACGAGCUCUACCAGGUCUAUUUUGAGAAGGUCCAUCCAUCCUUGCCCAUGAUACAUCGGCCACGCUUCAUGGCUUCGCUGAACAUGUCCCCGAACCAGAGACCACCUGUAUGCUUGAGAUAUAUUAUGUGGGCACAUGCUUGCUCGAUGAUUUCCAGGUACAAAUCAUCCGCCGAACAAUUCUAUAUCAAAGCCAGGAAGUACAUUGAACAGGACGAAAUGAAAGGUCACGGAGAACACUUUAUCACUGUGUUUCAUGCGCAAGCAUGGACUCUGAUUAGUACAUAUGAGUUCAAAACCAUGUACUUUCCUCGAGCUUGGAUGAGCUGUGGUCGAGGUGCAAGGAUAGCUCAACUCAUGGGUCUUCACAGACAAGAUCGAAUUGGCUUGGAUGUGAAGCAAACAAUGGCUCCGCCCAAAGACUGGAUUGAGCGCGAAGAGCGGAGGAGGACGUUUUGGAUGGCUUAUUGCCAAGAUCGAUAUGCAAGUAUUGGCACCGGCUGGCCUAUGGCAAUCGAUGAGCAAGACAUCCUCACAAACCUGCCUGCAAGUGAAGAAGCGUUCUUGACUGGUAAGGCAGAACCGACUCCUGCACUCUCAGACGUUGUCGCAGGAGAUAGCGCCUCUGGUUUGUCCUCCUUCGCUGCUGUCUGUCUCCUCGCAACUCUCUUCGGUCGCAACCUUACCCACCUACAUCGCCCAACCGACGAUGACAAUGAUCACGAUUUGAAUGGAGGAUUCUGGAAGCGCCAUCGUGAAAUCGACAAUGUUUUAUUGAACACCUCUUUAUCCCUCCCAGCUCAUCUACGACUACCUUAUGGCUUGAAUGACCCAAACACUAUUUUCGCGAAUAUGAAUAUUCAUACCUCCACGAUAUGUCUCCAUCAAGCCGCGAUAUUCAAGUCUGAUAAGCAUAGACUACCAGUGCAGAUUAGUGCUGAGUCGAAAAGAAGGUGCAUCGUUGCUGCAGAUCAGAUUACCAACGUCAUGAAAAUGUGCAGCCACCAAGACUUAUCGGCCCUCAAUCCCUUCAUUGCAUUUUGCCUAUACGUGGCUGCAAGAGUGUUUGUACAGUACUUAAAAUCCAAAAAGGAGGAUCUUACAGUCAGAUCGUCCUUGACGUUCUUGCUAUCAGCAAUGAUGGCUCUCAGAGACAAAAAUCCGCUCACCGAGUCAUUCCUUGUGCAGCUCGAUGUUGAUCUUGAAGGAAGUGGAUUAAAUAUACCUUCGCCUUUAGGAGCGAACCGAUACAUCAAUCGCCCUACUGGUGAAUGCCCCGCGAACACCGAUGCAGUAAAAUGCACUGCGAUAUUCGAGCUCAGAGAAACCCAGAGUCUUGGUCAGCAAGCACGAGGUGUACAGCCUAUUCUCCCUGAUCAAUUCGACUCUAACAUCGAGUUCAACAUGGGCCAUAAUUUCCUGUCCCAUCACAAGAUGGAUGCGACCCGAGUACAAUCUUUUUCGAACUCGAACUCACCCAAUCAGCCACUGGAGCACAGCUUUGGCUAUGUUGGGAACGUCAAAUCGCCUUCCGGACAAUCCAACGGAUCACAUUCGAAUCUACCGACCCCAUCAGGAUCUUCUACGUCACAUCGCGACUCUUCACAUACCUCUUUCUCACCACCGAGCGACAAUAAUGAUAGCAGCCAGCCCUUUUUCCCACGCCAGCAAUCCGGAUUGAAUGCGAAUGCUGUCUACGUUGACAGUGGAUUUGCGCAAGGAAUUCUACCCGUGCAUCGGGAUACUAACAACGAGAAUAACAAUCAGUACAAUCAGAACACGCAAAAUCUGAACAACAAUGACCAGAACAACUUUGCAAGCGUUUUUGGAGGAGCAGGCUUUACACCGGGUCCGACUGGAUUCACGCCUGGACCAUCAGGUUUUACGCCUCAACCUACAGGUAUGACACCCGGCGCCUGGAGUGAUAUUCUGGCUAUGGGUGAUGAUUGGCAAGGCCAGCAGCAAGGCCAGCGCUGA